AGCCAGCAUAGCUGGAGCCAGGUGUGACAGGUUGAUGGAGUAUUCUAGGAAAGAACAUGCCUUCAGCUUAAGACUCUGGGAUGGAUCACAGUAUUACCUUGCAGCACCCUCUCAAAAGCUAAUGGAGGACUGGAUGCAAGCAUUAUAUAGUCACUUGGAUCCAGCAAGGCCUCAGAUAAAACCAUGGGUUUCCACAGGCAGAGGUGCUGCUGAAAAGCAGGUUACGAAAGUUCUCCUUCCCAGGAGAACUCCUUCCUUCAAAAUUAUACAAGAAAAAAGACCUAUGGGCAGUUCUGGUAAAUCAGAAGGAUUACCUCACGCUUUUAGCAUUACCUUUUCUCAGAAUUCUGAAGACUCUGAUGCUUCAUCUGUGACCUCCAUAGUAUCAGAUCCAGCAAUUCAGGGGAUAUCCACUCCAUCAGAUCCCCCACCAAGCUAUGAUGGGUCAGAAGUGUAUAAUGGAGGAGACAAGGGGAUUCUGGAACUGGAAGCUCAAGAAAUCAGAGCUGAACUCACCCCUGAAGUAACCAAAUGUUCAGAUGAUCCUCAAACUCAAGGCCUAAAGGAAUCGGAUGUCAAGAAGCAGAAGAAACGGAAAGAGAAGAAUGUAUUCAAGAAACUUUUUUCCAAAAAAUAAUAUCAGCAAAGGGGAGACAAUGUACCAGUUUCCUUCGAUAUGCCAGCCGGUUCACUCCAUUGUACCCUGCUGCCUUCAGGCUUUGGUAAAACAUGGACAGAGGCAGAGGGUAAUAGUAACACUGAAUUGAUAUUCCAGACAAUAUAAAAAGAACAAAACAGUGCCACUGCCAGUAAUUACUAUGCAUUGCAUAUUAGACCAUGUUCUGCAGGCUAUUUUAAGCUCCAUGCAUUUUGAGGCCAUAAAAGUAGGGCUAUAGAACUGGCCAUUCUGCGCAUGUUCACUGUAGUGGAACGUUUACUAAAGGACAAAGAAGGGAAGACUUUAAUGUAUGAGGAUGUGGUUUGUUUGUAUUUUUAGCCAUAGAGAGAGAGAGAGAAUAAUCACAUGAAAUGGUCUCCAUGAAAAUCUAGGAUGCUUGGGAGAUGGCAGUUGUCUCUGCCCCUGGCAUGACGUCGUGUCUCCAGUCUUACUCCUGACAUCACUAGGGUGAGCAUGAGCAUCUGUGGAGAUGAAGGCAACCUGUGGACCCCAUACAGCCUUCCCAAAGCUAGGAAGUCCCCCCCCCCACUCCUCCCAAGCCAGCUGACCCAGGGAAUGGAAAAGGACAUGGGUUAAGCAAACCCAGAGUCAGCAAUCUAAGUUGGGAAUGGAAGUGUUAAACUGUUGUUUUACUGAUGCUGAUAACAAUGGGAAAAUAGCAGUCUUGGACAGCAUCCUUAGCUAGUGACAGAGCCUCUCGACCUAUGCCCUAAGCUAUCUGAACAUUGCUAAGAUAGCAGCAGGAACACAGCCAUCUUGGAGAAGAUUUUUAAACAGAAGCCAGAGCUGAACUCCCACUUGGAUCAUCCUUCAGUGAUCCAAGUGGGAGAAACUUUAACCACCAAACUCUCUCUCUCUUUCUUUCUCUCUCUCUCUCUUCCCCCACCCUCCCCUGCCCUGACAUAUAGGAACCCUACGUAUGGGAAUCUACAUGAUCAGGAUUCCCAACUGACAAGAAUGCUGUGCUUGUAGAUCUCUCCAUGUGUAGCAUGCCCCUGCGAAGAUAUUACCACUCAGUCCACGGCCAUUUGGGAUAGGUACAGAGAGGCCAUGAUGGUGAGGAAUGGGGCCGGCUGUGCAGUUCCUUGUACACUAGAACAAGAAAUCCCUUCUUGUGAUUAACAUGUAGGUGGCUUUUUGAAACAAUAAUCUUUUUAAGGCCAGUCAAACCAAACCAGGGGUGCCUCUGAUUUCCGGGUGCUUUUGAAAACAAAAAUCAAGUUUAAAGUCUAGAAGCAAAAACAUACCUACAUUUUUUGUUGUUGUUCAAAUGCUCCAAAAUUGUUUCUAAAGAAAACUAGAUUUCAGAGACGGUGUAGAGUGAAAAACAGAUUUUAUUCUGACCUUUCCCUAGUGUAAACUAAUGGCUUUUUUUCAUGUUUCUCUUAAAAUAAAACCAAAUAAA